CACGUGACUGUUGCUAACCAUGAAAGGAGGAAACCAGUUCAGCGUGAUUUUAUCGAUCUGAAGGAUCUUUGAACAGCACUUUUUCCUUCAUCUCUACAAAACCGGCUUCAGAAUGUUUUUUGCCGGGCUUUUGCUGAUGUCAGCGCUCUCUAGCACCACCUUUGCCCAUGAUAAUGGGCUGAUGAGGACUCCGCCCAUGGGCUGGUUGGCAUGGGAGCGAUAUCGCUGCAACACAGACUGUGAAAAUGACCCCAAGAACUGCAUCAGUGAGAAACUGUUCAUGGACAUGGCAGACAGACUAUCAGAGGACGGCUGGAGAGAACUCGGCUAUGUCUACAUCAACAUCGACGACUGCUGGUCCUCCAUGGAAAGAGACAGUCAGGGACGGCUGCAGCCCGACCCAAAGAGAUUCCCAGGAGGCAUCCCAAAGCUGGCACGAUACGUGCACGCCAGGGGCCUCAAGAUUGGGAUCUACGCUGACAUGGGCACGCACACCUGUGCGGGCUACCCCGGAACCCUGCCCAACAUGACCGAAAUAGACGCUCAGACGUUUGCAGAAUGGGAGGUGGACAUGUUAAAAUUGGAUAGCUGUUAUUCUAAUCCCGUUGAGCAAGCCGAAGGUUACCCUCGCAUGUCCAAGGCUUUAAAUGCAACAGGUCGGCCCAUCGCUUACUCCUGCAGUUGGCCUGCCUACCAAGGUGGACUUCCACCGAUGGUAAAUUACACCCAGUUGGACCAAAUCUGUAACCUGUGGCGUAACUAUGGUGACAUCCAGGACUCUUGGGACAGUGUUUUGAGAAUUGUGGAUUGGUUCUUCAACAACCAGGAUGUUUUGGUACCUGCAGCAGGACCUGGAAGAUGGAAUGACCCUGAUAUGUUGAUUAUCGGGGACUUUGGUCUGAGCAUGGAGCAGUCCCGUUCUCAGAUGGCGCUUUGGACAAUCAUGGCUGCACCUCUCUUUAUGUCCAAUGACCUACGGACUAUCAGCAGUGGGGCACGCGCUAUCCUGCAGAACCCGAUGGUCAUCAGCAUCAACCAGGACCCCUUGGGCUUUCAGGGACGACGGCUUUUACAUGAGAAGAGUAACAUUGAGGUGUUUUGGCGCUUCCUGUCAAAAAACUGCAGUGCACUGGUGUUCUUCAGUCGUCGCACGGACAUGCCAUAUCGCUAUCAGACAUCCCUCAGCAAGCUCAACUACACCACCGGCAUCUACAAGAUCAUUGAUGUCUUCACUGGGAAGACCAUGACACUGAAGGACUCCACUGAUUUUGUCGUGUCAGUCAAUCCCUCCGGCGUGGUCAUGUGGUACAUCUCGGCACCUGGUAAACUGGGUUUUAGACAAUUCUACAGCAGAGGCAAAUCCGCCUACAAUCACAACGACAGCAACAUCCCUGCUGCGUUCCUUUAACAGCUCAGGAACUUAGAAUUGACCAAAUGAUCACAGAUCAGCUUAGCUAUUGAAAAAUUCACAUCUUAAUUUCACUGAAGAUCAAUUCUCUUACUGAUCUUUGCAUUGUUAAAUUUUUUUUGUUAAGAUUCAAAUGUUUAAUCCUGCUUUAGAGAAGUGUUUUAAAUGUGUAGUUUAAAUAUUUAUAUGACAAAUUUCUUACUUUUAGAUCUUUAUAAGAAAUUUCAAUGUGAAUUUUAAAAAAAUGAAUUAAACAUGGCUUUAUUCGGUA